AUUGCUCUCAUGCGCAGCCCACAAGGGCAUCAUAGGACCCGAUUGGAUAUAGGAUCCGACCCGGUUCGUGUCAAUACCACGUGACUCAAAAAGAAACUCCCGCUCUUGGCGACUUUUCGAAACCCUAAAGAGACUCGUAUUUCCCCCCUAACGCCGAUUUUCCCGCCGCUCUCACUCAAUUACAAAAAUCCGUAGAUCCCCAAUCUCCAAUCACAUAUCUCCCACAAUCUCUUUCUCGCUCUCUCGAUCAUCAGAUUCUUCAAUCUCUUUCACCAAGCUUAACCAAAUCGUUACCAUGAAGGAUAUCUCUAAAUCUCCGGCGAGAAGAAGCGACGGAUUCCACCGCUACUUAAAACCAGGAGCGCUUGCUCAGAUCCGAAACUCGAGAAUCAACGCUAGAUCUACUACAUCUCUCGUAUCUCGCUCCUCCCUCUCGCAGCUAGUAGAUCCGAUUUCACCAUCUGAGAACUCGGUUGAUGAAGCAGCAGCGGCUUCGCGGAAUCUGACGAUAGAUCAGGUACCACAUCUUCUAAGAAAGAUCUAUGGUCCUUACAGUUAUCAGAGGAAGAAAUUAGCCGCUGCUAGAUCUGUCUCGUCGAUGAUGAUGAUGAAUAUCAAUCCUCCUAUAAACUCAGUUCUUGUUGAACCCAGUAGUGAUGUUAUUGCUCAUUGAGUUAAACUAGUUUCUACCAAAUCUGUAAUCUGAUGAUACAAUUCGGGUAAAAUGUUUAAUACUAUCAUAAGACUCACUAUAUGAAUCAUUAAAUUAUCAAUAAAUUGUGUGUUUUCAAUUGAUGAGUUUAUCUUUGUUAAUUUAAUGUUUGUGUUGAUUUGAUAUCUUACGAUUUGGAUUUGACUAUAGAUUCCUUCACUACAUAUUAAUGAACACUUACAUGAGUAUCAUUUUGGGAUUCUUAAUGAUGUAUAUGUAACUCUUAAGUGUUGUAACUGUUUUGAAAGAUUAGCCAAACACUUAAAGAUUCGAAGAGUAAUGAUAUAAGACUACAUAUAUUUUUCUCAAAUUUGUUAUCAUCUUGUUAGAUUGUAAUUGACAUAGGCUAUGUUACCUCAGUCAAUUCUCUGCUUUGCUUAAUCUAAACAUCUCAAAUCUAUAGGUUUUGAUUAUCUCUCUGUUUGUUGUGAU